GUUCUGCAGUAAACGCUGCUUUACUUGAACAACUAUCGAAACUCUUGCUCAAAUGUAUCGAUUGUAAAGAAAUUCGACAAAAAUUCCUCCGCCAUUUUCAAAGUAGUAGCUUGGAUUUCAAUUUUACGCAUAAUAAGACAUUUUAUUUACUCGGCUAAAAUGGAAUAUCGCAAAGAGCUCUAUAAACGAAAUUCCAAUGGUCCACGAGAUCACAUUGCAGAGAAUCGGGAGCUACAGCGUUUAGCGCGAGCCAAAAACCGCGAAAAUAACUUUCAUAGCAAUCGCAGAUUUGCGACACCAACACCGCCAAUAGAUGCACACGAACAACUGUCGCCUGAAAAUGCCACCGCCCAACAGGAUCAGGAGAAUCUGCAACCGUCUGAUAUCAAAGCGGCAAACGUCGCGGAAAAUAAACCAACGCGAGGUGAACUCUACUUGGAACGGUUUCUGGAAUGGAAAGCGCAAAAAAGGGCCCGACAGCCACCCAAAAAUUCACCCGCAACUAGUCGCGUCUAUCACAUUCUGAGUGCUAAAACAUGCGCAACAAUUGAUUUACGAUCGAAGACGCCAGCUCUAGAAUCAGUGAUUGCUCCGUUGAAAUCACAAGUAAAGCCACAAAUCACUGUACCACGCAAAACACGUCUGUCUGUCAAGCUGCCACUUAAGUCAGCAGGAAAAGAUACUGCUGCAAACAAGCCCUGGGAAUUCACUAAAAAGACGCUUGCGAGGAGGCCAUUAGAAUCAGCUAAAAAGCUGACAUCCCAAGACGCAACUGGAACAUCUGUAGCAGCAAAAAAAAAAGUGGUGUCAGGAAAUUUAAAUAUUGAACCCUUAGAUCAACUAGCGACAAGCAGCAAUCUCGUAAAGAUUGUGCCCAAGCCUAAAACCAUCCCAAAGCCUGUCGAAAUAAAACAAGCUGCAAAGACUGUUAUGUCAGCUUCAAAACCUAUUAUGCCUGCUCAGAAAACUGCUGCGUCUACUCAAAAAACUAGCAAGCAGCCUGCGCUACAGAAUAUCAUGACGCAGCCCUUUGAACGGCCAAACAGCACCAAGAAGAUCACUGCUACUGCUAAGCCUAAAACGAAGAAUAUAAUUGUUAAGCCCAUUAGAGGAGGAGGUGGUGCUGCAGCCAAGUUCAAAAUGGAUAAGCCCAAGAUUAUAAAGUCCGUUACCCGUGUGGCAAAUCAGAACCUCUCGCAGAGAAUGAAACCCAAAAAGGCAGGGUUAAAGAAUCAAGAAGCUAGUACCCAGCUACUUGACUUGAGACGACAGCUACUGCAGGUAGUGCAGUCGGAGCCCUUACUUACACCCGACACUCCACUGGAGAUGUUCAAUAAUGAGAAUCCAUUCCAGGCACAGGCCACCUCCACACAGUGCAGAUCCAGUAACAACAGUGCACAUCUACAGGAUGUGUUUGGUGAGAUUCUAAAUAUAAGUCCUGUGACCAUUGCCCCUGUGGAGAGCUUGAGAAAUUCAAAUGUGAAGCGACAGUUGUUACCAGAGCCUGCUGCAUCGGCUCCAGAGAAGGAAGUCAAGCGUAAAUUUGAUUUCUCGCGUUAUUCAUUUGUGGAUUCACCGGAACUCAGCAAUACAAUCAAGGAAGCGGAAACAGUUGAGCAAACACUUAUGGCAACGGAGCCGACUGCUAUAGAGGCUAAGGUUAAUGAGCAAACGCUUGUGCAGCAAGAGUCAACGCCGCCACGUAAAUCUGAGCAAACCAUAAAUUAUAUGAGUCCCUAUGUAAGCGUAUCACGUGGGAAAGUUAACUCACUUGCGGAGCGAGUAAAGCGCAAUAGCAUAUAUCUGCAAGAUCAGCCAGAGACGCCUGUCGCAGAGCGUCGCACUCUGGAGUCUGUGAGAUACUUCCGCCUGCAAUUGGACAAGGAAAUACAAAGACUGCAUAAACUUUGUGAUGAGUGGCAGGAUUAUGACACGAAAAAUCCGGACCUGUUACAGCAAACUGGUGGAAAGGAUAUGAUUGAUGCUGCUGUGGGACAAACUAGAUUGUUAACCAGUAAGAAGUUCAUGCAAUUUAAAAGUCUAAUCGAUCGAUGUGAGGCGGGUGCUAAAGGUCAAUGUCAAACUGAUGGAAGUGACGCUACCAAGCCUGUGCUGGCUGAGGAUCUUGAAGGUUGGUGGGACAUGAUGCGCUUACAGAGCGAGAAUGUCGAUAAGCGUUUUAGCAAUUUGAUGCGCUGGAAAGACAACAAUUGGGUUGAUCCAGAUGCAGUGCCAAGUCCAAAAGCUAAGCCCAAACCUAAAACUAUGCCCAAAGCCAAGCCUAAUGCAAAGGCCAGCAGCAAAUUAAAGAGUUUUCUACGCAAGGCUUAUGCCGAUAAGCGUCAGCAGCAGAAUAAUUGCCCGCAGUCGCCAAAUGCCUCACGUAAAUUCGUUGUUGUUGUACGGGACCGCAAAUCCUUUUCACCUGCUCGCACGGUGCUGCGUAUGUCCAAAGGCAAUAAUGAUGCUGCACGUUCAUCUAUUGAAGGUGGGUCCCCCAUUGGAGGUGGUCGUCCUUCUAUCGGAGGUGGUCGUUCUUCUAUCGGAGGUGGCCGUCCUUCUAUAGGGGGCAAUAGUUUAUUAAAGUCCGCCAUUAUGGGCGCUGCAGAGAAGCAACGGCAACAGGUACAACCAGUGACGCCACCACCAGCAACCGUGGCAGCGAAGCGCAUGUCUAUUUUGAAGACACCUGGAACCCAGCGCAAACGUGAAGCCGGCACCCACAUUGUAUUUAGUUCGAAAAAAAAUGUACGUCGCUUUCAGUUUACGUUUGAUGAGAGCUGUGGCGACGAGUCUGCUCUGGGCUUGCCAAAGUUGGAGGAUUUUGUAGAGGACAUGACACCUGAACGGCUUUCGUUAGAAAACAUUCAGCAGGCGCCUGAUAAUGAUGGAACAAUAGUAAAUCCCAACGAUCGAAUGUAUACUUUGAGAAACCGUAAGGUCAAGCUACGACAAUCAUCUGAAUUUAUGUAACAU